GAUCAACUCCGCGCAACUGCAAACGCAAACAAGGAUGUGGGGCCAUCGGGUCCCCGCUGACUUACUGUUCGCUACACCCGGUCUCUCCGGGGCGUCGACAGAUAAAUAACGCGUGAGGGUGAGGGGCUCCCAGCAACCAGCCAUGUCGACCCCGAACAUCAAGGACAUCCAGGAAGUGGAUGAGAAGCCGGGGCAGGAGCUCUUCGAACACAAGGACACGCAUGUCGUGCACGAAGCCAACAAAGCCCACCUCGCGGAGGCGGUCGCCGCCGAGGAUCAAGAGCAUAUGGGCGUUCUGGCGGCCCUCCAGCUGUUCCCUAAGGCGGCGUUCUGGUCCAUGGUCAUGUCCAUGGUGAUUGUCAUGGAGGCAUAUGACGCGGCUCUAGUGUCCAACCUUAUGGCGCAGCCCGCGUUUCAGCGUCAUUUUGGGCAGCCGCUGCCCGACGGCAGUGGAUAUCAAGUGCCGCCGGCCUGGCAGAGCGCGUGCAACUACGCGUCGACAAUCGGCGCGUUCGUGGGUAUCCUCAUCUGCGGCUAUAUUCAGCCUCACCUCGGGUACAAGAAAACGAUGAUUGGCGCUCUCGUCGCCAUGACAUGCUUUAUCUUCGUCACUUUCUUCGCCGAGACCCUCCCGGUCCUCUUCGUGGGACAGUUCCUCGCCGGCCUGCCCUGGGGGUUCUACAACGCCAUCGCCCAGGCGUACGCGUCCGAGAUUGUGCCCCUUCCAUUGCGCGCACACGCAACCAUGUGGAACCAAGUGUGCUGGUGCGUGGGGCAGCUCAUGACAUCGGGCAUCCUCUUCGCCUUCCGCAACGGCACCACCAAAUGGUCGUACAAGAUUCCAUUCGCCCUGCAGUGGAUUUGGCCUGUCCCGCUAAUUACUGCGAUGGUUUUUGCCCCCGAAUCGCCGUGGUGGCUUGUGCGCAAGGACAGGCUCGAGGAGGCGCAGCGCGUCGUCCGGCGCCUAGAGUCCAAAGCGUCGCCUCGCGAUCCUGCCGCCGUCGUGGCAAUGAUGGCGCGCACAAUCGAGAUCGAGAACGCGCUGACCGAGGGCGCGUCCCUCGUCUCCUGUCUCAGGGGUGUGGACGGGAAGCGCACGCUCGUCGCCUCGUUCAUGUUCGCCGCGCAGAACUGGAGCGGCCUUCUCAUUGGCAACAUGGCAACUUACUUUUACACCGUCGCGGGCAUGGGCGCGGACAAGGCGUUUGGUCUUGGGUUGGGCACGUCAGGUGUCCAGCUCGCGGCUGUUCUCGUCGCCUUCCACCUCGUCACGCGCGUCGGCCGGCGCAGGCUGUACCUAUCUGGCGUGAGCUUCCAAACGCUGAUGCUGCUCGCAAUCGGCAUCGCGGCUGUUGCGAGCAGUAGCGCCGCGAGUUUCUGGGUCCAGGCGACAUUCCUUAUGCUCGUGUACGCAUCAUACGGUCUUUCCGUCGGGCCCAUCACGUUCACUAUUGUCGCCGAGGUAUCGUCGAUCAAGCUCCGCGCACAGACCUGUGCUAUCGCUCGCGCCGCUUACUACGCCAUCGCUGUGCCCAUGGGUUUUAUCCAGAGUUACUCUCUCAACCCUCUCGCAUGGAACCUGCAGGGCCGCUCAGCUUUCAUCUGGUUUGGCACCGCAUGCGGCGUCCUCACAUUUGUCUACUUCAUGGUUCCCGAAACAAAGGACAGGAGUGUGCGCGAACUUGACCUGUUGUGGCAUCGGGCCGUGCCUGCUCGUAAAUUCAAGACUACUGUUAUCGACAAGGAUGAGGACGAGUAGACGGCAAUUGGACUCAGAAGGGGGCGCUCAGCGGCAGGGUAGGAAGAUUACAGUACUUUGGCAUAGGUGCAAUGAAUGUUUGUCG